AUGAGAGUGCUACUAGUGAUUUUUCCUUUAUUGAUUUACCUGUCGACUUGCCAUGGAUAUCGUAUACUUGGAUUAUUUCCUUUUCAAGGCAAGAGUCAUUUUGUCAUGUUCGAGCACCUGAUGAAGGGUCUGGCCAAGAAAGGUCAUCAAAUCGACGUAGUCAGCAAAUUUCCUCUGAAGAAACCAUAUCCGAAUUACACCGAUAUUGUGACACUGCCAACAACUUUGCGUUUGGUAAACAAUAUGUCGUUUGAACUAAUGCAACAACUGCUUAGUUCAAAUCCAACAUACGCUGUUGCGACAGUGGGAGGAAACGAACUUUGCGAAUUCUUAGGAAAUCCAGAAAUUAAAGAGCUAGCGAAACCAAAGAAUCCACCUUAUGAUGCUGUGUUGAUCGAGGUUUUUGGUGCGCAAUGUUUCGGUGUGAUUGCUCACAUGUUAAAAGUUCCUUUGAUUGGGAUCAGCACUACGGCAUUGUAUCCGUGGCUAUUUGAUAUGAUCGCUCAACCUGAGAGCCUGGCCAUCACGCCAAGCAACCUUUUAAGUUUGACCGAAUCCAUGAAUUUCUGGCAACGUCUGCAAAACAUCGUAUUUACAACCUACGACAAAUGGUAUUUCAACUAUCUUACGACACGGGAGCAGGACAGAAUGAUAAGGGAACACUUCGGACCGGACAUGCCGAGCGUACGGGAAUUGGAAAAGAAGGUGUCGCUGGUCCUCAUCAACUCUCACAUCACGCUAAAUGGGAUACAGCCGAAGACAGCUGCUGCGGUGGACGUGGGGGGAAUCCACGUCCAGGACGAGGACGAAACAUUGCAGCCUGAAUUAGAGAAAUGGAUGAACGAUAGUAAAGAUGGUUUCAUCUAUUUCACUUUUGGUUCGAUGAUGAUGAUUGAAACGUUUCCACGCAAAUUUCUAACAGUGCUUUACGCCUCCUUAGGCAAAAUAGCACCCGUGCGGGUUAUAAUGAAAAUACCAAAGCCGGAAAAACUGCCAGCCGCUUUGCCCGAAAACAUUUACAUUUCUCCUUGGAUGCCACAAAUUAAAGUAUUGAAACAUCCUAACAUAAAAGCCUUUAUUACUCACGGCGGACUCAUGGGCACCCAGGAAUCGAUAGCAUGCGGUGUCCCCAUGAUCGGUAUACCACUUUUCGCCGAUCAGUUUACAAACAUCGAUAGGUAUGUCGCUAGAAACAUUGCCCUGCGACUGGACAUCGAUACGAUUACCGAAGAGAGCUUUGACGCAGCUUUAAACGCGAUCUUACGGGAUCCUCUAUAUAGAGAAACUGCGCGGAAAUUAUCCCAACGAUUCCUCGAUCGGCCAUUAAACGCUAUAGACACUGCUAAUUAUUGGAUUGAAUACAUCAUUAGAUACGGCGAGGAUUCUCUGCGAUCGCCUGCGAUGGAUUUAACUUGGUGGCAAAUAUCCCUUAUCGAUGUUAUCGGAUUUCUUUUGUUUUGUACAGCAAUCGUUGUCGCCAUAGUAGUAUUCACUGUGCGUUUCGUGAAGGAAAUGUUAAACGAAAAUCAUAAAAGUUUGUCGUAUUCAAAAAAGAUAAACUGAUUAUAUAUUAAUUAGAGAUAAAUAUAGUGUUUAUGUUAGUUGUAUUUAUUUUCGACGAUAUUUAUUGAAAGAGGCAUAUAAGAAAUAUUUUCUUAAGCAACGCGUAUACAGGCAAUAUUGUGUAACACAUUGUGUACGAUUUCGUGCUUUCCGAUUAUGACACAA